CUGAGUCCAAUGUUCUAAAAGAUGAGAAUAAUUUGGGCUGAGAGUAGGCAGCCAGAGAGAGGGCCGCGUUAUCCGUCUGUACCUCACUCUUUAGUGGACUCAAUCGAUUCCUCUCGCUGCCAUGGAGGUUCUCUCCUCCGCCGUCCGCUACUGGCUACUGGACCACCCAGAAAUCAGCCAAUACGAGUGGAAACACGGCCACUUCACAUUGGGCUCCUCUCCCCAAUUCCUCGCCGUCGCCGUGAUUUCCUAUCUCGCCGUCACUCUCGCUCUCCGCCGAUUUCACUUCCUCCCGCCCCUCUCCACCGCCUCCCUCCGCCUCAUCACCGCCGCGCACAGCCUCACCAUGUGCCUUCUCUCCCUCGUCAUGGCCGUCGGCUGCUCCCUCUCCGUCCUCCACCAGAUCCCCGAUCGCGGCUGGAGAUGGGCGAUCUGCUUCCCGGCCGGCCGCACCCCGCCGCGCGGGCCCACUUUCUUCUGGGCCCACGUCUUCUACCUCUCCAAGAUUCUCGAGUUCGGCGACACCCUCCUGAUCUUCCUCAGCGGGUCCCGCUCCCGCCGGCUGACCUUCCUCCACGUCUACCACCACGCCGUGGUGGUGGUGAUGUGCUACCUCUGGCUGUCGACGGCCCAGACACUGUUCCCCGUCGCGCUCGUCACCAACGCCUCCGUCCACGUGCUAAUGUACGCCUACUACCUAAUGUGCGCCCUGGGCCACCGCCCGCGGUGGAAGAGGCUGGUCACCGACUGUCAGAUCAUCCAAUUCGUCUUUAGCUUCCUCAUUUCAGGGGCGAUGCUUUAUUAUCAUUUCACCGGGUCGGGUUGCUCCGGGAUUUCGGGCUGGUGCUUCAAUGCCGUUUUCAAUGCUUCCCUUCUGGCUCUGUUCCUUGACUUCCAUUCCAAGAACUAUCAUGCCAAGAAGAACAAGCAAUUCUGAUUCAAAAGCUCUCAACUUUUUGAAGCAAUGUGAAAUUUUACUCGAUUUGUUGUUGUUCUAUAUUUAAACUUCUUAAUGGGAAUUUCAGUGUAACACUUCUGAUUAAUAGAAUGAAGAUAAAGAAGGAUUAAACAAAUGUAUACAUUGAAA